AUGUAUUACCUGGACGUUCUUCGUUCUCUCUUGUUGCUUAGUGCAGCCUUUACCACUACUAAUGCAUUCCAAAAGGCUCAUGAUGGCGAUGUCGAGGAACCAGGAUAUCCUGCGCGAUGCCAACCAGACCCCUGUGCCAACAUCACCUUCACCAACGCAUCCUACGUCUGCGGUGAUGAGCGCCUAGGUCCGGUCAAGCUUCCUACGAGCUUCCCCCUUUCGACGGAACUUGCAACGUACGCACGGUUUGGUAAUCUUUGCCCUUACGAAUUCCUUGAGAAAUGGACAUGGCCGAACGGGUCGUACCAUUAUCCUUCCCAGGGUGGAUUCGUGCUAGAGAGUGAUGGGCAGCCAAUCUUAGGCAAUGUCACCCUUGAGGUUGGCCGCAAGAUCGAUCGUUUCGGUGGUGAAGGAGGUAAUUACUUCAGCCCCUUGGGUGCGCCUUAUAUCGAACGGGCUUUGCCUCCUUCGAAUUUGGACACUUUUGACGGCAAGUUUCCAUACAACUAUCAUGUUUAUGAAGUGAUACAAGAGCUUGCCGUUACCCUUGGACCAGUUGCACCCUGGUUUGAACAACCUGGAAUGGGGACACAAUUCACCACUACCAGCAAUGUCUCGGUGCUGUUGGAUGGGAAAUUCCUAAGACUCCUUGAGAGGUCGGAGUAUGAUGAAAAAGCAGAAUUUGCGGACAAUUAUACGCCUGGACCAAACAACUGA